AUGGAGCUCCCACGUAUGAGCUUAUGGGCAAUUUGGUCAUUUCUCCUUCUCUCUUCCAUUCACCUUCCGUGUUUUUUUGUAUCUGCCGCUCACUUAUCCAACGAAACUGAUCUCCUUGCUUUGCUCAAAUUCAAACAUCUGAUAACCGACGAUCCUCUCCAUUCCUUGAGCUCCUGGAACCAUUCUCUCCACUUCUGCCACUGGCAAGGUGUCACUUGCGGUGGUCACCGCCAUCCUCAAAGGGUCACCGCCUUGAAACUCGCUGGACAGAAAUUCACUGGAGAAAUUCCAGCAAGUCUGAGUCACUGUUCCGAACUCGAAGUCCAUCUUUAUAGGAAUCAGCUUGUAGGGAAAAUCCCAAUCGACCUUGGCUCUUUCUCAAAGCUCACCAAAUUGAACCUCGCUCACAAUACUCUUACUGGAAGCAUCCCACCUUCACUUGGAAACCUUUCAUCUCUCAAAAUUCUUGGUCUCACAGAAAAUAGUCUGGAAGGCAGCAUCUCAGCCGUGCUUACCCGAUUGGUAAGCUUAGAGGCCCUUGGACUUUCUUUAAAUAAACUGUCACGUACUAUUCCGCCCCAGCUAUACAAUCUCUCCUCUAUUCAAAUUUUGGACGUGGGAGAGAACAGAUUGCAAGGAAAAUUUCCACCUAACUUAGGCCUCACUCUGCCUAAUCUCCAACAGCUUCUUUUCGGAGUAAACCAAUUCACAGGACCCAUACCAGUUUCAUUAUCCAAUGCUUCUGGACUUGCACUUGUUAACCUUAAUAACAAUAGUUUUAGCGGAUCUGUGCCUCGGGAUUUUGGAAACCUCAAGAAUCUCUCUAGGUUACGUUUGUGGGGAAAUGAACUUGGAAUUGGAAAAGGUAGUGACUUGGGUUUUCUUGAUUCUUUGAUCAAUUGCAGUAGUUUACAACUACUGGAUGUAGGCAUUAAUAAUCUCAGUGGUUUGUUGCCCAACUCCAUAGGGAAUCUUUCUACACAGUUGAGAAUACUGUGGUUAGGGCAUAACAUGAUAUUUGGAAGCAUCCCAUCUGCGAUUCAGAAUCUUGUGGGUUUAACAGUAUUGGAUAUAGGAAAUAGCUUUCUAACAGGUACUAUUCCUAUUGGUGUUGGGAUGCUUAACAAGAUCGGGGAACUUUACUUGAAUGGAAAUGAAUUAUCAGGGCACAUUUCGUCUUCCUUGGGCAACAUCACUGGAUUGUACGAACUUGAAUUAUUUCAAAACAAUCUAUCGGGAAGCAUACCUUCGACUCUUGGUAAAUGCAUAAACCUGCAAUUCCUAUACCUUGACAAUAAUAACUUAAGCAGUGACUUACCCAAACAACUUUUCCUCAUUUCCACAUUGAUUCAAAUUUCUAUUGAAAAUAAUUCUCUUACGGGUUAUCUACCAGUGGAAGUUGGUUAUUUGAAAGCUCUUGGAAGAUUCAUUGCUUCUAAUAACAAAUUGUCAGGCGAAAUUCCAAGCUCUCUAGGCAAUUGUCUCAGCUUAGAGUAUCUCUGGUUGGAUGGGAACUUCUUUCAAGGAUCAAUUCCUCCAACAUUCAUCACUCUAAGAGGCAUUCAAUCCCUGGAUCUUUCACACAACAACUUGUCUGGGAAGAUUCCAGAAUACCUAGAGAAGCUUCUUGUUCUGCAGUAUCUAAAUCUGUCUUUCAAUAAUUUCGAGGGUGAAUUACCAAAACAAGGGGUCUUUGGAAACGCCAGUCAAGUUUCAGAGCUCGGAAAUAGUAAACUUUGUGGGGGUAUUCGUGAAUUGCAAUUACCUCCAUGCUCUAGCCAAGCUUCCAAGAAACGGGGGAAGUCUCUUGCUUGCAAACUAAAAUUCUCAAUCAUUGGUGUUGCCCUGUGUCUUAUUUCAUUAUCAUGUUUCUUUGCCAUUCUUUAUCGGGGAAGGAAAUCAAGAAGGAAAUCUUUUUCUGUGCCUUCUGUUGGCGAUCCUUUCCUGAACGUGUCUUAUGUGGAGCUCUUUAAAGCAACAGAUGGCUUCUCUUCUGCCAAUUUGGUCGGCACCGGAAGCUUUGGCAGCGUAUAUAAAGGGGCUCUAGAUCGCGACGAAACUAUGGUAGCAGUGAAAGUCUUCAACCUUCAACAACAAGAAGCUCUGAAGAGCUUCAUGGCUGAAUGCGAAGCCUUGAGAAACAUUAGGCAUCGAAAUCUUGUUGAGAUCUUAACUUGUUGCUCAAGCAUUGACUUUAACGGCAAUGAUUUCAAAGCACUAGUUUACGAGUACAUGCCGAAUGGGAGUCUAGACAAGUGGUUGCAUAACGAUGAUCAGCUGAGGAGGAACUUGAAUUUUAUUCAGAGGCUAAAAAUAGCCAUUAAUGUGGCUUCUGCAUUGGAUUAUCUACAUAAUCAUUGCCAGACGUCAAUCAUUCAUCGUGAUUUAAAACCCAGCAACAUUCUUCUUCAUGAUGACAUGAUUGCCCGGGUGGGUGAUUUUGGGCUAGCGAGGUUCUUACCUGAGGUUUCUCAAACUAGCACGUUUGGGAUGAAGGGAUCUAUUGGGUACAUUGCUCCGGCUCAUAGAAGUGGGAAUGACAAUAUGAACAAUUUGAUAAACCGUAUCAACGAUUUAGAUGGCAUAUAA